AAAAAAAAAGAAAUAUAAAGUUUAAAGUAGGAAGAGAAGAAGAGGAAAAGAAGGAAUGGUCUGGCUGAGAAUGGUGUUUUCCAAUUAUGAAUCGUAAGCAAACGGAAGCAAAGAGAGAGAGAGAGGAUGAAGAAGAAGAGGUAUGAAGGAUAGUAACUUGAUCAUCUAAUACGUUUGAAGUUUCAGGCACUUCAUAAGCAUUAGGCGAGAAGAGGCAAAGCCAAAUGGGGAGAGAAAUUGUAUUGGCUGUGUUGGGGAAAAUUUCCAAUCUUCUUAUUCAAGAGUUAGAUUCAUUUCUUGGAGUAGAAGAUCAAAUUCUUUGCAUCGAAACCCAUUUGAGAACAUAUGCUGAUGAUUCUGAAUAUGCGAUGAACCAGGAGAUAUUGACAGGGAUUAUUCAGGAUCUUGAAGUUGUAAUUGAUGAGUUAAUCAUCAGUUCAGCCCAGAAAAGGAAAAGAGAUUAUUUCAUUAGGCAUGGUUUCGCUUCAGUUGAUCUGCCAGUGUAUUUCUUUCAUUUUCUGGCUCUUGUUGAUUUGCUGCAACAUUAUAGACUUCGUAUGAAACUGGAGCAACUGAUCAAGAUUUUCAAGAUAUAUACUGAUGUUCUAGAAUAUGGUGGCUGGCAUUGUGAGGGUUCUUUUCAGUCGUGUGGUCUCUGGCAUGAAUCUGUUGGCCCGUAUGAACUAGGUGUUGCUCCUGUUGUGAGUUUGUUUGAUGCCUUGUCCACACAGAAAGAAUUUAGCCCUGCUGUGCAAAUUCAAGCCAGGUACUUAAGAGACAAAUUCAAGUCUUUGCAGGAUUUUCUGAAAAACUCUAAAUCAAAAGAGCUAAGCAAAGUAGGAAUGGCGUGGAUGGAGGAACUUGGCGAUGUCUGUCGCUUGGCCGAGAAUGUUAUUGGGCUUUUCAUUUCGCAGCAACAACAGAUGAAGAAUAGGAAAGGAACUUUCACAAAAUUAGUUUGGUCAUCCAAGAAUUUCAUUUCAAAACGUAAGAUUGCCCAGAAGCUGAAAUUGAUUGAAGAUAAGAUCCGUGAUAUUUAUGGUAGAAGAUAUGAAGCCAUUCCAAGUCCAGUUCCGAAUUCUGUGCCACCGAGUGAAAUUUUUCGAAGGUUAAACAGAAAGAGAAGAGAGCUUCCUUGUGCUGUUGACCAACUUGACAGAGUUAGCUUCAAUGACGAUGUAGAUGCAGUUACUACACAGCUUCUGAAAGAGGAUCCUCGCUGCCUCACCAUUUCAAUUGUGGGUGUCCGAGGCAUUGGCAAGGCAAGCCUCGCCAAGUUAAUAUAUGACAGUCAAACUAUUACAGAUCAUUUCCCUCAUCGUGUCUGGAUUUCAAGAUCUGGUGCAAGCAAACAAGAUAUCAUGAAACAAAUUUUGCAAAUUAAAGGAUCUGACUUAAAUCAUGAUUCAAAAGACACAGAGGAAAGCUAUAUAUGCAGGGUGAGGCAAAUGGUUAACGCUUUCUUCAUGGAUAAGAAGUAUCUGAUAGUUAUUGAUGACUCAUCUUCAAGUAAAGUCAAGAAUGCAUGUGAAUUCAUGAGAGGAAUGGGAAGUGCCUUCAAUGAAAUAUCAAAUGGAACAAGAAUACUUUUCACAGUUUGCCAUCUGUGGCAAGCUCCACCAGUUACUGAAACUAAUUUCACUUACAGAUUGCAUCUGCGAACCCACGAUGAGAGCUGGGCAUUGUUCGCACAUACUUUGAAGGUCAGCAUUCCUCCAGAGAUACAACAUCUGAAGGGACGCAUCAUGAAAAGUUGUGGGGGCUUGCCAACUAUAAUUGUGAAACUGGCAGAACUUUUGUCGCAGAGAGAUGCAACUCUAGAGGAGUGGACGAGGGUGCUUGACCAACUAACUCGAGAUGAAGAACCCUGGUCAGAAGUAUUGGAAGAGAUUAGCAAUUAUUUGCCUUUGUAUUUGAGGCGAUGUCUCUUUUAUUUUGGAUUGUUUCCAGCUGGCUCUAAGAUCCCAGCAAGAAGAUUGAUUGCGUUGUGGGUUGCUGAGGGGUUGGGAUAUCAACAGGAUGAUGCAAAAUCAAAAUCCCCUGAACAUGUUGCGAAGACAUGCUUGAGGGAGUUGAUUAACUAUAAUAUGGUUCAGCCGACAGAAAAGAAGCUCAAUGGAAAAUUUAAGACAUGUUGCCUGCCAGAAGCUCUGCAAGUACAGUGGUUUAAAAAAGCCAAGGAAGCUAAGUUUCUUCAAGGUCACUCUGACAUCUCCGACACCGACAUUGGUGUAAUACGCCGUCUUGCUGACCAUCUUCAGCAUAAUGAUGUCGUCUUUGAUGAUAUUCAUUGUCACAACAGUGCUUCCUCAUACUCACGCUACAGAGAUGUGGUUUCCUUUUUAUCGUUUGAUACUCGAGAAGGAAACAAACCAGGAGAAGAGAUAGGGAACUUUCUUGAUAAAUGCAUCUCAAGCAAUUGUUUUCGUUUCCUUUGGGUGUUGGAUCUUGAAAAUGUUUACAAACCAAAACUGCCGAAGGCAAUAGACCAUCUCACUUGGUUGAAGUACCUUGGCUUGAGAUCAACAUACCUUGAGAUGCUUCCUGCAUUCAUCAACAAAUUGCUAAGCCUUCAAACGCUGGAUUUGAAGCGGACUUGCAUCAACACUCUUCCGAGUUCACUAUGGAAGAUGCGAAAGUUGAGGCAUUUGUUUCUAGAUGAGAGUUUCGGUAGUGCAUUUGUCGCGUCACAAGAAGACAGCUCUCUGGUAGACCUUCAAACACUCCGGGGCGCAUAUAUAAAUGAGGAUAGUCCAGUGAGAAACGGCUUAGAAACUUCAUUGAACAUUACGAAAUUGGGAUUAAAAUGCAAGAUAUCUGUGCCAUCUCAAACAGCAGCAAUGUCUUCACAACUUCUUGAUGUGGCUAAUUGGGUUCUCAAACUGAAACAUCUUCAAUCCUUGAGGUUGAAAUCAUUUGAUGAAUCAGAUCUGCCAUGGGAGCUUCACUUGCAUUCUCUGUUAGGCCAUUUGGAUCUCUCCAAUGUAUAUUUGGUAGGAAAGCUAAUGAAUCAUCAGCUUGUAUCCGAGUUACCUGGGAGCCUGAUUGAACUCACCUUGUCAGCAUCUGGACUUGUGGAGGAUCCAAUGCAAAAGCUGGACAAACUUCCCAACCUCAGAAUUCUGAGACUGUUCUCAAGAUCCUUUAUCGGAAAGAAAAUGCUUUGCAACAUUGGAGGAUUUCCUAAGCUUGAAGUCCUAAAAUUCUGGGAGCUGGAGCUACUGGAGGAAUGGAAUGUGGAGGAAGGAGCAAUGCCUAAUCUUAGAGACUUGGAGAUCAGACGCUGUACGAAUUUGAAGAUGCUUCCUUGUGGAUUGCAGUCGAUGAAGCUACUCCGAGAACUAAAGUUAACAAAAAUGCCAAUGUUGUCAGCAAGUCUUAAGGAUAAACAAGGUGAGGAUUGGAGUAAAAUUGCCCAUGUCCGCCAUGUCCUCAUAGAAGAUUGAUCAAGCUGAGCCUGAGCAAAACUUCAACUAUAAAGGAGGAAAGGAAGUAGUUCAACAUGGCAAGCAGGCAGCUGGAGAUCUUUCUGUUAGACUUCUACCAUUUCUUCUGUUGUAUUAUUUUCUGUUAUUGUUCCUAAUCUUGUUGUUAUUUUCAAAAGGACUGAAUUGGAUCCCAACAAGGAAUAUUUUCAAGAUUUGAAACUUUGAGCAUUUGUGAAUGCUAAGAGAUUUCUGUAAAAGAUUGUAGUUGGUCCAGAAUGUGAAGCUACUCAUAGUUAGUGUGUGCA